UGCUGAAACUCGUCAGGAGAUGGUUUCAUUGAAAUCUUGCAACUCUUUUCAAAUCAACGCAACUCCAAAUAAACGUUUUGACUGAAGAAUUAGUCUUUCCAAUGUGUUACUAUAUGUCAGGAAUAAAUGCCAACAGAAAUAUUCUACGCACGCAUUUGCCUCCAAAAACACGCUCCAUGGGAGAUGAACGACGAGCUUGGCAUCUUGCACUUGUUUGCCUGUUACUAGCAGCAGUUGCAGCAGCAGAAUCAACUCCAAUAGCCAAGCUCGAUUGCCAAGACAGAUGUGGGAACGUUAGUAUCCCAUAUCCAUUUGGUACAACGACGGAUUGUUAUCUCAAUGAAGAUUUUUACAUAGCUUGUAAUUCGACUCACUAUGAUCCUCCACGAGCAUUCUUAACAGGAAGCAAUAUAGAGGUGACAAACAUAACUGUCGAAGGCAAAUUGCGGAUUAUGCAAUUUAUAGCCCGCGAUUGCUACAACAAAUCGGGCUUCCCAGUUUCCAGCAAUACUCCUUCCAUCACGCUGUCCAAAUUCAGGGUCUCGGAUACUGAUAACAAGUUCGUUGCCAUUGGCUGCGAUACUGAAGCAACCAUUCAAGGUGUUCAAGACGACAAGGGAUACACGAGUGGGUGCAUAAGCAAGUGUGACAGUAUUGACUAUGUGGACAAUUUUACAUGUUCUGGUAUAGGCUGUUGCCAGACAUCCAUUGCUAAAGAUGUAGGAUAUUUUGACAUUGCUGUAAGAAGCUACAAUAAUCACCAAGGUAUCUGGGAUUUCAAUCCCUGCAGCUAUGGCUUUGUUGUUGAAGAAAAUAGCUUCAAUUUUUCUUCGAAUUAUCUUCGUGAUCUGCAAAAUGUAACCAUGAUGCCCAUGGUGCUUGAUUGGUUUAUCGGGAACGAGACGUGUGAAACGAUAAAGACCAAGAGUUCGGAUGAUGUAUGCCAGGGAGAUAGCACUUGUUAUAACGUGGAUAAUGGAUCUGGAUAUCGUUGCAAGUGCUUGGAUGGCUAUCAAGGAGAUCCAUACCUACCUAAUGGUUGCCAAGACAUAGAUGAAUGUAAAGACCCAAAUCUCAAUAAAUGUGAAAAGAUAUGUGAAAAUACAAAAGGAAAUUACACGUGCUUGUGCCCCAAGGGUUAUCAUGGAGAUGGAAGAACAGAUGGUACAGGUUGUGUUGCCAAUCAAUCUGGAGGAUCACUUAUAAUUGAGCUUACUGUUGGGCUUGGCGUAGGCAUUACAGUAUUGAUAGCAGGUAGCACUUGGUCGUACUGGGCAUUCAAGAAGUGGAAGCUCAUCAAACUUAAACACAAGUUCUUUCGACAAAAUGGAGGCUUGAUGUUGCAGCAAGAACUCUCCAGGCGGGACUCUUCCACUGAAACGGCUAAAAUUUUCUCAGCUGAGGAGCUGGAGACGGCCACCAACAACUAUGAUGAAAGUAGGAUUAUUGGUCGAGGUGGUUAUGGCACAGUCUACAAAGGAACUCUAUCAGAUGGGAGAACCGUAGCAAUUAAGAAGUCCCAAGUUGUUGAUGAAAGCCAAAUCGAUCAAUUCAUCAAUGAAGUUGUUGUGCUUUCCCAAAUCAAUCACAGGAAUGUGGUGAAGCUUUUAGGUUGUUGCUUAGAGACGGAAGUUCCAUUACUGGUUUAUGAAUUUAUCACCAAUGGUACUCUCUUUGAGCAUAUCCACAACAAAAGCAAGGCUUCUUCCUUGACAUUUGAAACCCGGUUACGUAUAGCAGCAGAAACUGCAGGUGUGCUCUCAUAUCUGCAUUCCUCAGCUUCCAUACCAAUCAUUCAUAGGGAUGUCAAGUCUACCAACAUACUCUUGGAUGAUAGUUACACUGCCAAAGUAUCCGAUUUUGGAGCUUCGAGAUUGGUUCCACUAGACCAAGCCGGGAUAUCAACGGUGGUUCAAGGGACCCUCGGAUACCUGGACCCUGAAUACUUGCAGACAAGUCAGCUGACAGAGAAAAGUGAUGUUUAUAGCUUUGGGGUAGUCCUUCUAGAGCUACUGACCGGACAAAAAGCACUUUGUUUUGAAAGGUUAGAGGAGGACAGAAAUCUUGCAAUGUAUUUCAUUUCAGCUUUGAAAGAAGAUCGCUUGGUGCAAAUUCUUGAGAAGUGCGUAGUGGAUGAAGCAAAGAUAGAGAUGGUUGAGGAAAUUGGUAGCCUUGCAAGGAGGUGCUUAAGAGUGAAAGGAGAAGAAAGGCCCACAAUGAAGGAAGUCGCAAUGGAGUUGGAGGGGUUGAGAAUGAUGCUGGAGCAUCAUCCAUGGGUAAACAACGAUGAGUCGAGGUUAGAAGAGACUGAGUAUUUGCUGGGUGAACCAUCGUUGAAAAUUGGUUCUAAUGGCGGUAUGAAUAAUGUUACAUAUGAUACCAUCACAGAUCAUAUAAUUUUACAAGUUGGUCAUGGAAGAUAAUAGUUUCAAUCUUUCACCUCAGGAUUUAUUUUCUAAACUUACAAAUCUUUUUGUUUGUAUUUAAAAAAAAUAUACUUUGUAAAUUUUCUAAUUUUAUAUCUUAAUUUUUUUUCCAAA